UCAAUAUGUCAGAUAUGUCAUUGUGCCCUGAACUUCAUCACUCAGUCUGUGACACAAAUUAAUGAAUUCAUUUGGCUUUAGAAAUAAUCAAACAAUGAUGCCAUGUGGCAUGGUUAGCAGAAUCUGUCAGAACCAAUAAGGCUUUCAGGUGCCAUUGGUGAUAUCAGUUAUUGAGCAGAACAGACUACUGUCCAUUGUUGCCCUCAUGGCUGUGAAGCAACUGCUAAUCACCUCACUGGUGUUGUGUUACCUGAUUCAAUACGGCAAGUUACACUUUUUCUCAUCUAUUAUUUGUGCUAUAUAUUGUAUUGAUUUUCAAGUGAUGUAUUUUCUCAAACACAUAUCUAGAUAGUUUGUUAUAUUAGAAGGAAAUGUUUUACCACAUCAGGGUACCAGCAGAGCCUUAUAUAGACUAUGAGUCUGGGCACCAUGGCACUGGCAUCACACUGACCACAUCAUCCUUUUCCCCUGCAUUCACAGUUGCAUGUUUCUGCAAUGUCACCUGCACCACAGACUACAUGACAUCCCUGAACUGCUCCUGCUCAGGCACAGUGCCCUCAUCUCCCAUUCUCCUUGAGGCAGAGUGCAGAGAUUUUGACGGGCAAGUGAAUGCUAGCUGUGAAAUAACACCCUCACAAAGAUGGUGCAUAAUACAACCAGAAGGUUUUGGCAUAUACAUAGGCUCUGACACUACUUGCACUGCAAGAGUAAAGCACACAGGAAAAGAAGACAAAAUGAAAACCAAUGACUCAACUGACUGGAAAUUGUAUCAAUUAGUGAAGCCGCAGCAUCCUGUCAAUGUGCAAGUAACAGAGAACAUUGACAGCUACAACAUCACUUGGCAGAUGGAUGAAAACACUUACCUUGAUAAACUGUUCAUGUACAGGGUGCGGAUUAGAACAAAACAUUAUUUAAAGGAUCCAGUCUAUUACCCUGUAAGAGAGGACCGGAGGUACCAAGUGCUAAACAACCUUAUACUGCAACCAGGAACUGAGUAUGUGGCAAAUGUCCAGGCCUCAGUGAACCCUGUGUCCAACUACCAAGGUCCCUGGAGCGAAUGGAGCUCCACCGUAGAAUGGAGGACUACAGAAGGGGAUGAUAAGUUUUGGUGGCAGUGGCCCGUUUUACUGACCAUUGUCCCCUGUUUGAUCCUGUGCUGCCUGUGCUACCUCUUUAAAAUAUUGUGGCCGAAGAGGCUACACUUGAUGAACUAUUCCCCAAGCCCAGAGGACUUUUUCAAGCCUCUCUACCACACAUAUGGAGGGGAUUUUAAGAAAUGGGUUGGACCUGUCUUCAUCUUCAGUGAGCUGGAUCCCUUGGAGAAAAACCCAUCUACACAGAUGAUGACUGAGAAGCAGCUAGACAUCCUCGGGCUGUCCAGGCUGAGCGUGGAGGAAGACAGCAGCAGCAGUGGGGACCAGGGCACCUGUCACUCCGCUGGACACAUCUCCAUCGAUACUGUGAUGGUGUCUGGGGAGGAAGGAGCUUUGUCAGGGAGUUCUUGGGAGACCUACAAGUGCAGCCAAGGUGGGGGAAGCUUCUCCCAAUAUACUGGAGGGAGCAGAGGAGGUAUGGACAGUGAGGUGGAGGGCCCUCUUGGUGCUGGGGCAGAAGAGGAAGGAGGGUUAUGUGGGGAGAGUGGAAGACGGGCAUCAACGGGCCUGCCUGCUAUGGAGUGGCAGCUCCAGCUACAGGCCCGCAACAAUCAACCAGAGCAGAUUUCAUUGGUCUCAGAGGACGGCUACCCUCCCAUGAUGCUGGAUCUGGACAGUGUGGACACCAUUGACAGUGGAGUCUUUGUUGAGUCUGACUGUAGCAGUCCUGUGAACACUAACUUUGAUUCUGAGGAGCAGAUAGACUCUGCUUUACUGAGUGGGGUAGGCAGUUCCCCUUCUGAAUAUGUCAAACAGUGGAUGACAGGUAACACUAUGCAAGAGGACCCAACCAACUCAGGACAGAACAGGACAAUGUGAGUUCUCCCUCAUCUCCUCUGUCACUGACAGUGCUUCAGCAUAUUUGUAAAAUGCCUUACUCUCCCUGGCAUAGGUAUAUUGUUCAUAUUGUCAUCAUGUUUUAAAAAAAAGUGGAGUAUGAAUGAUUUCUUCCCAACAUAAAGAUUAUUUGUCAUGGUAAUACAAUAAUAUUGUCUGACAAUAGUUGUGAAGUUUUGGCCUUCAUGUAAUUAAUUAUUUUAUACGGCUUCAUUUCUCAUGCAAUUUCCAUGUAGAAAGGGUUUUGUUUUUAUAUCAUGUUAGUUGUGCAUCUAAUGUUUCUUAUGUAUGUGACAAUGGAUCCAUUGUGGAGUUUGCAUUCAUUUUCAAUCGCUUGUUAAAUCUUUAAAGGGACAAUCCGCAGAUGCUACAUCAAUUUUUUGACUUAAACAUUUAUUAUAUAAACUCAUUUAUUAAUGAAGAAUAUAACUUUUAAAAGCCUCAUGAGCUUAGUUCAACCCCAUCAGAACCC